AUGUCGGUUAAAGCCUUAGGAGCAAGUUCCAUCAAAGGAAUAUUCGCAAAGCCAAACACAUUGAGCAAAUCAGCUAGCACAAUACUCAACUUUAAGCAUCUGCCACAGGAGAGCUUGCUGAAUCUUAUCACGCGAUCGGACAAAGAGAUUGGUGGAUAUUCUGAAGUUCACCUUGAUUAUGACGCUGCUGAAAAGUGUGCACAUUUCCAUGGCAAUUUAUCAUUAGAUUUACCAAAGGACAAUCCACAAGUUACCAGAUCGGGCUAUGCUAUGUUUAGGACCAAGGACCAGCCACUGAGCAUUGUCUGGGGAGAUAAGUACUGGGAUUGGAGUGACUAUAGUGCGUUAGCUUUGCGGGUCAAAGGUGAUAGAAGGAAAUACAUAGUUAACAUUCAAGCAAAUACUCCAUUGGUGACUGAUUUGUUUCAACACCGGUUGUUUCUUCAAAAUCCAGGACAUUGGGAGACAGUGGUGAUUCCACUUCAUGAUUUUGUUAUGACGAACUGGGGCGUGAUUCAAGAUGGGUCCGAGCUUAACAAGUCUGAGGUUAAGACAGUGGGGAUUGGGUUGCUUGAUAAACAAUAUGGUCCAUUUAGUCUCAAGAUAGACUGGAUCAAGGUUAUGAGUGGGAUCGACGUGUCAGAAAUUGCAAAGGAUGAAAAAUUGACAGUGUUGAAUGAUGAUGCAAUUGAAGAAACACCACUUUACGGGCAUGAUACUUUUACCAAGGAAAACCACUAA